AGUCUUUGGUGUGCCGGCGUCCGCAGAGUAGGAGAACACGCGCGUAUCACACGUCCCGUGUCCUCGGUACCGCGUCGAACAGCCCGCCAGUUUUUACUCGUGUGUUGCAUCGCGCGCCAAAAUUAAAUAUUAUAUUAUUAAAAUAAUAAUCGAGCGUUUAAUUAUAAACCGUAACCGCGUGCGCCGUGUGAUCACCACCGUCGUCAUAAUUAUAAUUUUUUUCAUUAUCAUCAUAAAUAAUAUUGUAAAAACGCGUUUUUUCUCCAAGUGUCCGCGACCGCAUUUCGAGCUCGGUGAAAUUUUUUUUUUAAUCGUUUUUCACCCUCGUCGGACGGCAGUACGCUCGCCCAUAUCUAUAAACGCGCGAUAAGUGUAAGUCCGACGUCUCGUCUAGUCCACGACGGUCGUUCUCCUCCGACACAAUUUGCAGAGGUUCAAAUGACAGACGCGUGUAUAUUAUGACCACGAGAAGGGCAUAGCAAAUCGAGAUGACUCUGCCGUCAUCACGUCCCUUAUCCACUUUACUGUUGACUGCAUUGUGCUGCAGCAUAGUGUUUGGCUUCAAUGUGGACGUUAAAAAUUGCAUCAGACAUCGGGGGCCCGAAGGGUCUAUGUUCGGGUUCAGUGUAGCCCAACACAAAGAGCGCGGUCGGUCAUGGUUGCUGAUCGGAGCACCGGAGGCGCAGACGGCACAGCCGGGCGUCGAAAAGGGCGGCGCCGUGUUCAGAUGCGGCACGGCCAGGGAGGACGAUUGCGAGGAGAUACCGUUCGACACGAGAGGAAACAACAAUUCCUCCAAAUGGAUUCAAAUAGACAGUAAGUCACGUCAAUGGUUCGGCGCCACCGUGAGGAGCUCCGGAGACAAUGGAGUAAUUUUGGUAAAUAUUAAACAUUCGUGACUAUUAACAGUUUAACUGCCUACUUAAUAUACUCAAAGGGUCCGUACAGCGUUUUAUUAGUCGAUUGUUUCUCAUUAGUUAAUUCAAUUGUUUACUCUGUAUUAUUCGUUUAGGUUCAAUUUACUUUUCAUACACAUUACCGGUAUUUAGAUCAGCUUAAUGCUUUCACUUAAUGCCAUCACAUUCACAUAUCCAUUCAAAUAACAACCGGAAAAUGUCCUCAACUUCAAUUAACUUUGGUUAUUUUGUUAUAAU